CGUCAGGGAGGAGGAGGAGCUAACUCACCGAGAAGAAGUCUUCCGUGGCGGUUAAAGCCAUAAAGCACCGUAACAAAGACAAAAAAAGGGAAUAUCAGACACCUGCUGAUUUGUGGUGAUGACGAUGUGAUACAGCAAAGUCGUGUCCUCAACAGAGGUGCUGACCUCAUCUCACCAGUGGCCAGAGUUUGCCGUCCCCAUACCAGCCGAGAGAGGACAGCAGGACGCAGAUCAGACCGGUCAUGGCUGGCAGACAGCAGAGACCUGCAGCUGCUUCAGACAGCUCAGCAGAGACCAAAAGGACGGACCUCAGGGCCAAAGAGAAGAAGUGCUCAUGGGCCUCCUACAUGACCAAUUCUCCAACUGUGAUAGUGAUGAUUGGGUUGCCCGCCAGGGGGAAAACCUACAUGUCCAAGAAGCUAACACGCUACCUCAACUGGAUUGGAGUGCCAACUAAGGUAUUCAACCUUGGAGUUUAUAGGAGAGAAGCAGUGAAGUCAUACAAGUCCUAUGACUUCUUCAGACAUGACAAUAAAGAAGCAAUGGAAAUUAGAAAACAGUGUGCCUUGGUGGCACUGGAGGAUGUCAAGUCCUAUCUGAAUGAGGAGGGAGGCCAAAUCGCUGUUUUUGAUGCCACCAACACCACCAGAGAGAGGAGGGACCUCAUCCUUAAUUUUGCAAAGGAUAAUGCAUACAAGGUAUUUUUUGUUGAGUCAGUAUGUGACGAUCCAGAUGUCAUCGCAACAAAUAUCAUGGACGUGAAAGUGUCAAGCCCAGAUUACCCUGAGAGGAACAGAGAAAGUGUCAUGGAGGAUUUUCUAAAGAGAAUAGAGUGUUACAAAGUGACCUACCAACCUCUGGAUCCGGACGAACACGACAAGAACCUGUCCUUCAUCCAGGUCAUCAAUGUCGGCUGUCGUUUCCUGGUCAACAGGGUGCAGGACUACAUCCAAAGUAAAAUCGUGUACUACCUCAUGAACAUCCACGUACACUCCCACUCCAUCUACCUCUGUCGGCACGGAGAGAGCCAACACAAUGAAGAGAGACGCAUCGGGGGAGACUCUGAGCUGUCAGAGAGAGGGAGACAGUUUGCAGCAGAACUGAAGGGUUUUGUGGAAGAGCACCGUCUGUCAGACCUGAAAGUUUGGACCAGCCAGCUGAGACGCACCAUUCAGACUGCAGAGGAGCUGGGAGUUCCCUACGAGCAGUGGAAGAUCUUAAAUGAAAUAGAUGCUGGAGUGUGUGAAGAGAUGACCUAUAAGAUGAUUGAGGAAAAAUACCCAGAGGAGUUUGCCAUGAGGGACCAGGACAAAUACCAUUAUCGCUACCCUGGAGGAGAGUCCUACCAGGACCUGGUUCAGCGCCUUGAGCCAGUUAUCAUGGAGCUGGAACGACAGGGCAACGUGUUGGUCAUCUGUCAUCAGGCCGUCAUGCGCUGUUUGCUCGCCUAUUUCCUGGACAAAAGUGCAGAUGAUCUACCCUACUUGAAGUGUCCCCUGCACACUGUCCUAAAAUUGACCCCUGUGGCUUAUGGUUGUAAAGUGGACAUGUUUGACUUGAAGGUCGAGGCUGUCAACACUCACAGAGACAGGCCAUUAAAUAAAGUCAGAACAGAUGCUGUGCCACCAGGUUUCCACCGACGAAACAGCUUCACUCCGCUGUCCAGCCAAGACCAGAUUAAACGACCUCGCCUUUACAGCGUGGGCAACCCUCCACAGACACGCAUGUCCCAGGCCCCCACUUUACCCAACAUGCUGUUCUCUGAGGCGUCUGAAGGGGCAGAGGACUCUCUAAAUGGUUUCUGUGCAGCAGACUCAGACGACUGAUCUGACAGUUAAAGAGGCUGUUCUCCACAUGGAUGUAUCGCCAGUUCUGAGGACCAACGGUAAAAUCCCAACCAGCUUCAGCCAUAACAUUCUUAUGCACUGUAUUACGCACCAUAUCUGUGUAACCUUCGGUUUUUGUUGGAUAGGUUAUGUAUGUGUUAGUGUGAGUGUAGACAUACAUGAAUUCAAUGCCUUUGCACAAUAGCCUUCAAACUUAGGCUGCAAUCCACCUCAGAUAAAUAAUAUAAAUAAAGUAAUCUCUUAGCACACUCCACAUAAUGUAGUCUACAGUCAUAAUAUGCUGUAUUAGAUGUAGAACAUGUUGAUUGUACAUUUUAUACCUCAUUGUAAGCUGUUGCCUUCCAUUUAGUGUAAGACUUGAGGAAAGCCAUGCACAGCGUUAGUUUUUCCUCAGAUUCUCUCUCAAAGUUACCUGUUAAACUUUCCAGGUAAUGUCCAUCCUUCCUAGGGUGGUCUGACGAGACGUAAUAAUAAUUUUAUUUUGAAGGGUAAUUUAAAGCAGUGGUUCCCAACCUGGGGGUCAGGACUCCCGCUAGGGGUCGCCAAAGCUUUACAAAGGCUCCCAAGACCUUCUUGAUUUUAAGGUGUGCGAGAAAACCUUAAAAAUAUACACAGUAUGAACACAGUAGGGCUAUAUCUACUAUAUCUAUCUAUAAAAUAAGCCUAAUAAUCUGUAUAGUUGUUAAAAAAUACAUAAUAGAGACAGAGAAUUGUAUAAAAAGUUCCCUAAACAGGAAAUAAUCUGCUCAAAAUUCAUCAGAAUCACUCAUUUUACACAAACUUCUUGCAGUUACUGAGGUCACUA